UCUCCAAGUCCGCGCGGUCGGCGGACGGAAAAAGCCAGCGCGCGUCCCGCGGCAGCCGCCGCCAAGGCCGCGUCCCCCAGCAGGACGCGGUCGCGCCGGCCGCGAAAACGCAGCAGCGCGCUCCGACGGCGAGCCGACGCGAGCUGGACCGCGACCGCUCUCAACAUGGCGGCGCCGGGGUUGGCGCAGGUGUUGUCCAGACGGGCAUCUGUCCCCCCGCCGGGGAAGGGAGGACAUCGGGGGCGGCCUCGGGAGGACCGACCCCACCGCAGCGGUCGCCGGCGAGGGGAGAGGGCGCGUCGGCGCGUCGUCGUCCGAAGCGCCUCGGCCCUGGCGGACGCCGCCGCAACUACGCCGGAGACCCGCAACAUGGCGUUCACGUCGUCCUCCGCCAAGACGUCAAGGGGAGCCCCGUCCAACGGCCAUCACGCCGAGCAGGACCUCAUGGACGACCGGUCCUCGUCACCGGAGCCCGUCUUCUACUCGAGCGUCAAGUCCGAGAAGGCCACGAGGCAUUCCAAGAGAACGGACGCCGCGGACUCUGGCAAUGGCGAAGAGACGGACAAGCGCAAGCGUCCCAUGCGCUUCACUGGCCAGCACGACAUCCAGCUUCUCCAGGAGGUAGUGAACCUGAACCCGUUCAAGGACACGCCCCCGACGACCACCUGGGCCUCCAUCUCCAAGAACCUGGAACGUUUGUUCAUGAUCAGUUCCCGCCGGUGCCGGGAGCGCACCAUCCUGAUGCUCGACCAGUUCAUCAAGGGCGACUACCCGAGCCUGCAGCGCUUCUGCACCAAGGAAGAGUUUACCAUCAAGGAACAACUCCUCCAGCAGGUGUUGCAGCAGUACGAGGACGGGGCUGGCGGCUACAGCUCCCGCAUCGGCGGUGGCAUCGUGGCCGCGGCCGCGGCUGCCGCCGACGAAGACAACGACGACGAUGACGAGUUCGACCUGGACAAGAUCAGGCCCAGGGUCAUCCUACACGACGGCUCUACGCCGGAGCACUACACCAGUCGCCAAGGUGAUAGCGAACCAGACCAUGCUAACGGCGUUGGCGGUGCUGGCGGCGGCGGCGGAGGCAAUGGUGGGGCAACCGCAUCCAGUGCUCCGGCUGCCAAGCGUCUCCGUGUCGCAGACGACGAUCUACUCCUCGAGGACAUGAUGGCCGCCAGCAGCGACGGCCGUCCCGCAGACUUCCCGACGCAGGUGGUCACAUUCCUGCUCUCCAGACAGGCUAAGGAGAUGCGAGUCCGCGAGAAAGAGCUCAAGCUGCGUCGCGAAGAACUGGACCUGGAACGGGCCAAGCUCAAGCUGCAAGAGGACCGGCACGCUCUGGAAAAGGCCCGCUUCGAGAUCGAGCGCCAGGAGCGAGAACUCCGGCUUCGCUCCGAGAAGCAGGAACGCACGCUCUUCAUGGAGGUCCUCAAAAAGGUCAUCAGCACGGGUCUUGCAGACUCUUAGCUGUGCCUUGUGGACGGGUCUUCAAGCAGGUCAUCAGCACGAGACUUGUACACACCUUGUGGUGCCUUGUGGACGUCUCCUCAAGAAGGUCAUCAGCACCGGGUUUUCGCACUCCUAAAGGUACCUGGUGGGUAGGUCCUCAAGGAGAUCAUCAGCACAGGACUUGCAGACUCCUAGCGGUGCCUUGUGGACGACCGCUGCUCAGAGACGCUGGCUCGGUGCUCCGAGUGGAGGGCUGUUCUUGUUUCAUUUUGUCGGCUGGCGGGUUCAGCGGCUGUUCUCUUCUACUUUUGUGUGCAUCAUAUUUAUUUUAUUGUCCACCCAGUACUUUGUGUGCAACAGACUUCAUACUGUCACCUCAGUUCAAAAGAUGUCAUCAUCGCUUCCCCUGGAAAGACAAGUUUGAUGGCCCUUUUUAUGUCCUUGUUCCGGUUUGCUGUGAUCUCCAUGACAGCUGUUUGGUGGGUGAGUGUGACUGGAGUUGUCACAAACUUUUAGGAAGUCAAAACUUUCUUAUGCGUCAGGACGUGCACAUAUCUCGGGUCCCAAGCGGUGUACCGGAACCAAGUUUCUUCAUUUCACUGGUUUUGUGAUAUAAAUAUUUAUGAAAAAUAA